AAGCAGUUGAUUAUGGACCCGAAAAAUAUGGAAAAUAUUACAUUGAAAAACAUGGCCACAAGAAAAUAUUUUAAAUGCCAUUAUUGGAGAAGAAACAGAAAACGUAUACUUUUGGUAUAUUAAUUACAAUUCCGAAGCUGGUUGCUAUUACAAGUAUCAUCAACUAUACAUUAAGAUCAGCUAAACUUGGUGGAGAUGGCUAUGGCUGCAAAACUUGAGAUCAUACAAAGAGAAACCAUCCGACCGUCAUCUCCGACUCCCGACAACCUUAAAAUCCUCAAUCUUUCGCUUCUUGAUCAGUUCACUCCAAUUACUUACACAUCACUUCUUCUAUUUUACCCUCAGAAUGAUGGCGAGGACGUAGAUCGCCAUGAAAAAAUUCAGAAGCUAAAGAAAUCUCUGUCCGAUACCUUAACGCAUUUUUAUCCACUUGCCGGAAGAAUCAGAGACAAUAGCUCCAUAGAUUGUAAUGAUGAAGGAGCUGAAUUUAUUGAAGCUCGAACUGAUUGUCUUUUGUCAGAAUUUUUCAAAAAUCCUGACACGAAGAUUCUGAAUUGGUUCUUGCCUGCAGCUGUAGAAUCUCCUGAAGCAGCUACAGGAAAUUUAUUACUCGUUCAAGCUACUUCUUUCGAUUGCGGUGGAUUAGCGGUUGGGAUAUGCGUUUCGCACAAAAUGGCUGAUGCAUCCACCUUGUCUACGUUUACCAAAUGCUGGUCUGCAGUCGCUCAUAACGCCUCGAGCAAGGCGGUUGUGACUCCACCUGUCUUCAUGGGUUCAUCAAUUUUUCCACCGAUUGACAUUUCAAUUCCACGUACCUCGAUUGACCUAAUGCAAAAAAACUGCAUCACGAAAAGAUUCGUUUUCACUGCAUCUAAAAUCACCACCUUAAAAGCUAAACUCGCAAGCGAAACUGCGUUAGACCCGACCCGAGUGGAAGCUGUUUCAGGAUUAUUAUGGAAAACUGCAAUGACCGCGUUAAGGGCAAAAUUGGGAUAUUCUAGGCCAUCUAUUUGGUCUAUAUCCAUCAACAUGCGUUCCAGGUUCCUGCCGCCCUUGCCCGAAAACUACUCAGGUAACUGUGUGGGGCACAUCGCUCCAAAAAUGACGGACGAAGACCGAUGCGAAUUAGACUUGAAAGAAACAUUCCGUAAAAUACGGAAAGAAAUGGAAGGAUUUAGUGAAAAUUAUGUGAAAAAGCUUCAAGGAGAAGGAGCAUUACAAGCAAUUUGUGGGGUUUCUAAGGAGUUCGGAGAGUUAGUGAUGAGUAAUGAAAUAGACUUCUAUAUAUGCACAAGUUGGUGCAGGUUUGGGCUGUAUGAUGCUGAUUUUGGUUGGGGUAGACCGGUUUGGGUUAGUUCUACAAGUGUGAGAUUGAGUAAUGUUGCUGUUUUAAUGGAUACAAGAGAUGGUGAUGGAAUUGAAGCAUGGCUGACUUUGACUGAAGAAGAUAUGAAUUUUUUUGAGUCUGAUCAUGAGCUUCUUGAAUUUGCAGCUGUGAAUCCUAGUGUCUAUUGAAUUUCCAAGUUUUACAGUUUUUUAUAGUUGAAAAAGACUGAACCAUAUUAUUUUUUAGGGAAAAAUUAAUUCGGGUUGAUCUCUAAUUUCAGAUCAAUCCGGUUAAACUAGCUGCAGGUUUGAUUCAAUUCUUAAAGAAUGACAAUAUUUCUAAAAGAUUAUCAAAUAUUAA